CUCCCUCCGGUUCCCGGGAAGCGGGCCGGCGGCAAGCGCGGGAGCAGCAGCAGCAACAGAGGCGGAGGCUGUGGCGCGUCUCUCUCCUCCGCCUCAGCCUGAGCCGGGGGAGGCCAGGCGGCCCGGGUGGCUGGAGGGGGGUCCGCAGCCCGAGAAUGGGAAUUCUCUUCACCAGGAUAUGGAGACUGUUCAAUCACCAGGAGCACAAAGUUAUCAUUGUUGGGCUGGAUAAUGCAGGGAAAACUACCAUCCUUUACCAAUUUUCUAUGAAUGAAGUUGUACAUACAUCCCCUACAAUAGGAAGUAAUGUAGAAGAGAUAGUGGUUAAUAAUACACGUUUCCUAAUGUGGGACAUUGGUGGCCAAGAAUCUCUUCGUUCUUCCUGGAAUACUUACUAUACUAACACUGAGUUUGUAAUAGUUGUUGUGGACAGUACAGACAGAGAAAGGAUUUCAGUAACUAGAGAAGAACUGUAUAAAAUGUUGGCACAUGAGGACUUGAGGAAAGCCGGAUUGCUGAUUUUUGCAAAUAAACAAGACGUUAAAGAAUGCAUGACUGUAGCAGAAAUCUCCCAGUUUUUGAAACUCACUUCUAUUAAAGAUCAUCAGUGGCAUAUCCAGGCAUGCUGUGCUCUUACUGGCGAGGGAUUGUGCCAAGGACUUGAAUGGAUGAUGUCACGACUUAAGAUUAGAUGAUCUCUACUGACCUCUUGUCACAGACUUUGUAUAAACGAAGUGCUGGACUUUACCUGAAAGCUGCAAACAUUAAUGGUUUAGAUAUAUUUAUAAUAAACUGAUCUAAACUUUUUCUAUAAGAAGAAAAAUUAAGACCACUUAUUUGAAAACAAAGAUGAAGUCUCACCUUCCGAUUUGCUUUCUCAUUCGUUCCUUCCAAAGUAAGGUCUUAAAGCUGUGAUUGACAUUUCUCUCAUAAUGAAUCCUCUCAGGACAUUGUGUAGCCUGUGGUAAGUACAAAGGGAGAGGAAGACAUUUUUCACUCUGAGAAUUUUAUUAACAGUAUAACCCUCCCUGGUUGAAUGUUGUUCUUUUCUUGUUCCAUUAAGUCAAAAUACAAAUCAGCACAGAUACCAGUUUCCAAUAUUUUAAAAUGUAAUGUUACUUAUGAAAAGUAUUUUGUGUAAGAUCGCGUGUGUAUUGUGUAUAUACCUCAAGUUCAAGUUAAUGGCUUUGACUUAUGUUCUGAAGAAAAGUGAAUAACACAAAAACUAAUAAUAUUCUUAAUUAUAGCCAUAAUGACAUGAGUACUGGCAUUGGUGGUAAGUGCCACUUUGAACUUUUCCCCUUAUGUUCUCUGUAUUAUACUAAUCAAUUCCCAGAAAUCAUUGAGCUGCUUUAGAAGAUAGAAAAGGAGAGGAAGAAAGCUUGACAGUUUGUACAUGUUCUCUCGUUGAUCAAAUACCAUACAGAAACAUGUGAUACAACUGAGUGGAAUAUAUAUCAUAUAUAUAAAAUCCUUGGUUUAGUAUUACUAAUGGGCAGAAUUGCACAGAGAGCAAUUAUCAAAUUAUUAACUUUAUUGGUCCAGUGCCAUCUAUGUUACCAAAUAAACUGUUAAUUCAUUAAUCAGUCAAUCAUUAAUAGUGAUUAAAAUUAUCAAGUGAUGUUUUUCAGGAUUAAUUGAGAACUGUUGUGUGAAAAAUGUCUAUCCAGAGAAGUAACAUUCUAUAAAUAUUAUCAAAUAAUACAGCUAGAGUAUUUUUAGGUAUUAAAUUAUUUGUCAAGCAUUUAAAGUGAAUUUGAGAUUAAAAGUAAAGAAUAUUUUCCAAGCAACAGCUAUAAUUUCUUAUUUUGUAAGUUUCUUAUUUUGAUUUGAGAUUUUUUAUUUCCAUUAGUUGUCUCCUAUCUUCUUCCACCACAUGAAUACAUGGUUUGACAAUUAGAAGACACAUGUUUAUUCAGUGCUUUUAAGAAUUGGGUUUAAAAACUGAUUGAUGUAAUGUAUUAUUUUUACUAAAGUAAUUUGGCCCAUCUUUUAUGUUUGCUUAAGAUUUUUUUUCCCCAAGAUUGGAAAGUUAAAGGUGUUUCUGUCAUUACUGUUAACAAACUCAUGCUUUAAUGUGUUAAAACAUUUUCUUGGGUAUUCUACUUAUAACUUCUUUGUCCUGGAAAUCCGAAGACUAAUCUAAAUUGGCAUGUUUUAGAAUACUCAAGAAGGAAAAGUGACUACUUUUCAUAGCAGCCUUUUAGAUUUUGUGAAGAUUUCAGCAGGAAAUGGUAGCACAUAUUAUAAACACUGACAAAACUUUGGAAGUUCAUUUCAGUAAAAUAUAAAAUGCUCAAUAUCAAAAUCCAAGUGAGGCAUGGGAGAUCAGUAUUUAAUAUUGGAUGUUUUGUGUUUUAUAAUGCUUACGAUGCAAGUAUAAUCUUUUAGUAUUUGUCAGAAUGCUUUUACAAAGGUAAAUCCUAACUUACUAAGCUUUAUUUAUUCAUAUGAUCUCAAGCUUUUUCAAAUCACCAUUAAAAUUACUCAUUAUAUAUUUUGAAUUCCUGUAAAAACCCAGAUUGAUCUUGUAGAUGUUGCCGUUUCAUCAGACAUCUAUUCUGUGAAGCAGCCCAACAAAUGUGCACAUUUUGUCCUUUGUCUUUUAAUUUGAAUAAUCAUGUGUUAAGUCCCUUGGGUUGCUGCCCCGUAAGUUCAAGAAGAUAGCAGCACCUUCCCUUGUCAUCAAAGUGUUGGCUAAAAUUUAUUCUUAAUUGGAUAUAUAAAGCAUGCAACAUGUUCCAGUUGCUUAGUGUAGUAGAUUAUUGAUAAAACAUCAUAAGAAUGCAUGGAAUCUUACACCACAUUUACAAAGCUUGAUUUUUGUUGUCGUUGGUUGUUAUUUUCUACCCUUCCAGGCUAGGCGUUAGAAAUAAGGUGGUACCUGUGGUAUACCUGUAUAUAAAAUGAAAAUUAUAGCUGGGGAGAAAAAAAGAUUUAAAUUCAAGUAUGAAAAUAUCAAAAUCAUUUUGACAGUAUUACUUCCAAAUAGAGGAGACCUGGUAGCGCAGUGGUUAAGCGCUUGGCUUCGGAGAACCCCAUGAAUAGUCAUAUUGGCAAUUUAUAUGUAGUAUAAGUGGAAUUAAUUAAAGGGCAGUGUUUUUGGUUUUUUAAUAUGCUCCUUUUAUGUGUAAAACAUUGUAUUUAGGGUCAUUGUUCACGUCUUUGAACAAAGCAUACCUCUAUACAUGCGGUUAGAUUUAAAUAUCCUGUUUUUGGUACUGAUUUUGAAAGUAGUAAAACUUCUCUUAAUAUCUAGAUAAAAGUAACCAUAUACUACAAGCAUUUAAAUAUAUUUAAUUUGUCAUAAUAGCACUUUUAAAGUAUAUCUUACAUAUUAUAUCAAGGGCUGUUAUUUGAAAUUUUCUGUUCUUUUUAGCUUUCUAACACCUUGACCCUCAUGACAAAGAACAUAAUAAAGGCAGAUAGGUUGGGGGAGAGAGGGAAGUGGAUGGGGAAGUCAUUUUCUUAUAUGACAUUUUGCCUUAAGAAUACAAAAUGCUUUAGCACUGACCGCUGGCAUUUUUAGUGCAGUUAAAGUGAUUUUAGAAGUUUGACAUGAAGUAGAGGGAAGAAGGUUUCUGUUUUCUGGCCCUUAAGAAGUGCCUAGUAGGUAGUUACAGUGGGAUCUCAGAGAAGUGCAGGGAGCUUGAGGAAAGGCAUGAAGUCCCUGAGAUUUUCUUUUCCUUUUUGUCUGAGUGUAUAGUAUUAAGAUGCCUAGAAGUGGGACUCUGUGUUCCUCUCUCUUACAGGCACUUUAUGUUUUUUGCUGUGACUACAGCAACCACAUACAGUACAGACAACCUCAAAAAUCUGUUUAUAUUAGUGUAAAUAUAAAAACUGUAAACAGCUUUCUCAUUUGCUCUGCAGGCAUUUUUAGACUAUAUCUCUAGUAUGCGUUACUUUCUGUAUAGGGGAAUAGCAGCACAUCGUAAAUUAUUUGUGGAAUUUGGGGUUGUCUUCUCUCAGUUGCCCAGUGAUGUGCUGGUAUCAGUCCUUUUUUCAGGGCUCAGUAGAGACAAGGUUUCUUUAUAUGACUUUGACCCCUCCUACUGUCCAAAUAUAAUACGGAACUCCUUUUCUUGUUUCAGGAUUGGCCUUUCCAUAUCUAAGCUGUCCCUUACUCUCCUCUGUCUUCAUUCAUCAUCAGUGAAGAGUUGUUAUCUCAGUCUAAAAAACCUGUUGCUGUCAAGUCAAUUCCAACUCACAGCAGCCCUAGAGGACAGAGCAGAACUGCCCCAUAGAGUUUCCAAGGAGCACCUGGUGGAUUCAAACUGCCGAUCUUUUGGUCAGCAGCCGUAGCUCUUAACCACUGUGUCACCAGGGUUUCCUAUCUCCGUCUAGAGGUACUCUAAAUUUUGCCUAUACCCAUUCUUUUCCAACCCACUAGUUUCUAAGUAGGUUCUCUACUUCCUUGCUAUCCCAGCACCACUGGCUUGAUACAUUGAUUUGGGCUUUGCUCAUUAGAGAGCAUUAUUAGAGUUAUUGAGUCCAUCAAAAGGCCUGUUUGCUUCAUGUACAGCAUAUAGAUGCCAGUAGUCUCACCUAAUCUUUUAAUUAUACUGUAUUUGGCAUUUUAAUGUUUCUUAAUUUUACCUUCAUCUGCCGAGAAGUAGAUCCAGAAAGAUAAGGAAACUACCUGGACUCUGCACAGAGGGGAUUAAGUUAUACGUGUAUUAUCUUCCCAGCACCAAGAAUAGGCUGUGUUUUGAAGAAUAUCAAUGUGAAUAAUUUAGGUUCAUAAAAAGAUGACAAACUAUAUGUUGUGUUUGACCCAAGGCAAUCCUUAAAACCGUUGCCCACAUUCCAUUUUUCGCCCUCAUGUUUACUUAACAAAAAUAAGCAUUAGAUGUCUGAGGGAAUAAGUAAUGAGGAGCCUGUCUUUACAGAUGGGCUUUAAAAGACAUCAAAAUAAUCAGCCAUCAUGUGUUGACUUUUUGUAGACGUGGUCAUAGUAUAGAAAAUAUUCUUUAAAGCUCUACGUAUACAAAAAUAAAGUUUUUGUAUCAUGCUCCCUCAAAGAAUGUAUAGUAGAUUAUUUUAAGACUGUGAUGAUGGAGCAAUGGAAAGAAGGCUUAGAAUUUGAACCUUUGGAUGCUGAAAAGUGACUGCUAAAUGCUAAAAUUGUAUAUGGAAUUGUGAAGACCUACAGCUGGGAUAGUUAUGCAAUAUUUCUUAAAAAUCGUCUAGCCCUUAUGUAUUGUUCUAAAAACUAAACUUUAAAUCUUUAUCAUGUUGCCUGCUAGAUACACUGUUUGGUAGAAAAUCUCCAUAGUCUGUACUCAAGAAGUGCCUAAAGUUGAUUUGUGAUCAUUUCUAAGUCCAUCUAAUAAAUAACAUGUGUUUUCUAUA